UUAGAUAUUCAAAUAUCAACUUUGCAAAAACUCAUUUGAAUUCGAGAUUAUUUGACCACUCAAUUAGAUGAUUAUUAUUAUAAUUUUUUCUUGAAGUACUAUGUUCACUUUUUUUUUUUUCAGGAUGAUUUAUGAAUGAAGACUUAAACAAUAGACAAUUUGGAUCGUUGAAAGAAUAUUCGUAGGGUAUCCUAAAUGGUGUCCUUCAAUAAAAGAGAACUAAACAAAGAGCUUCAGUUGAGCACCCCUCAAAAAAAAACUUGAGUAGUAAUUUGGAAAUGGCUUAAAAUUCAACAUGAAUUGAUACCAAUCAUUAUUCACUACUUGCUCUCGAUCAACCAAAAUGUAUUUCCGCAAAGAAAGGCAAAUUCAGUCAUAAUCUAUUUCAGUCAAAUCAAGUACCGUACAACUUGGGAUUCAUAACCUUAACACCGAAAAACCUAGCACAUAUAUAUCUCUCUCUCCCUCUCCCUCUCCCUCUCUUUCUCUCUCUUUGCAACUCAUCUUUAAUUCAUGCGUUAAUGGCAGACUCGGUUCAUAAUACCCAUCACCAAAAGCGCCCUCACGCCAUCUUCAUCGCCUACCCUCUCCAAGGGCAUGUAAUCCCAUCCGUCCAUCUAGCCAUCAAGCUUGCCUCACGUGGCUUCAAGAUCACCUUCAUCAACACCCACUCCAUCCACCACCAAACCUCCAAAGCCCAACCAGACUCCGGCAGCGAUCCCUUUGCCUACGUACGUGAGUCCUCCGGGCUCGACAUAGACUACACUACGGUCUCGGAUGGACUCCCCCUCGAGUUCGACCGGUCCCUCAACCAUGACCAGUUCAUGGCAUCUUUAUUGCACGUGUUUUCAGCCCACGCGGAGGAGGUCGUGGGAAAGGUUGUUAAGUCUUCGGCUGACAUCACACCGGUUACUUGCAUGAUAGCCGACACGUUCUUCGUGUGGCCGUCCAAGAUUGCCAAGAAGUUUGGGCUGCUUUAUGUUUCUUUUUGGACAGAACCAGCUUUGGUUUUCACUUUGUAUUAUCAUCUUGAUCUUCUUCGAAAGAAUGGCCAUUUUGCAUGUCAGGAUGUGCGCGAGGACACCAUAGAUUAUGUACCAGGAGUGCGAGCAAUCGAACCGAAGGACAUGACGUCAUUUCUGCAGGAGACUGAUACAACGUCUGUGUGCCACCAUAUCAUUUUCAAUGCAUUCAAGGACGCCAGAGGUGCACAUUUCCAUCUGUGCAACACAGUGCAGGAGAUUGAGGCCGAGACCAUAUCAGCCCUGCAAUCCAAGACGCCAUUCUAUGCCAUUGGACCCAUUUUCCCUUCUAAAUUCAACAAAAAUAUAGUGGCUACGAGCCUGUGGUCCGAAUCAGACUGCACCCAGUGGCUCAACACCAGGCCCCAGGACUCGGUCUUGUAUGUCUCAUUUGGUAGCUAUGCUCAUGUUUCCAAAAAGGACCUUAUAGAGAUUGCUAAUGGGCUUCUGCUUAGCAAAGUGAAUUUUGUUUGGGUGCUUCGGCCCGAUAUCGUGAGCUCAAAUGACACCGAACCGUUGCCCACGGGCUUUAGAGAGCAGGUUAAGGACCGGGCCAUCGUCAUACCUUGGUGCUCUCAGAAGGCGGUCCUGGCCCACCCGGCUAUCGGAGGGUUCUUGACUCACUGUGGAUGGAACUCAACGUUGGAAAGUAUUUGGUGUAGUGUCCCAAUGUUGUGUUUCCCCUUGCUUACUGAUCAAUUCACCAACAGAAAGCUAGUGGUUGACGAUUGGAAGAUCGGGAUCAACUUAUGCGAUCGAAGGGCUGUCAGUAAAGAGGAAGUUUCGGAGAAAAUCAACCGUUUGAUGGAUGGAAAAUCAAGGGAUGAAUACAGGAAAGCAGUUGUCAAGGUCAAGAAGACAUUGGAGGAUGCAUCGACACCCAAUGGAUCAUCAGAGAAAAACAUGGACAAUUUUAUCAAGGCCCUAAAGGCCAAGAUGUGACUGUAAAUAUGGGCCUCCAUGACCCAAAAGAUGAAAUUUUUUUCUUUCCAAAGGAACCUUUGUUUUUUUUUUUUUUUUUUUUUCUGUAUAUACUACUCCUAUGGCUUUGUUUAUAAUUGGCUAAAGGUUUGGCAGCUUUAAAAUAGAUAUUGUACAUAUUGUAUAUACUCCUACGUAAAUGAAGUUUGCAUCUAUUUUUGUUUUUACUUCAAAAUAUGUAGGGUUACUUGCCUUGCCUAUAUACAAAACUAUUUUCCAACCGCAAGAAGUUACUGCGAAGGUGAUUCUCCUCUCACAUCAACUUAGGAUGAAAAAAAGCA